UUUAAGGCCCCUUUUCACCAACGAAACUGAUCACGAUUACACCUAACAAAACUGAUUUAAAGCGUCUAAUCGAAUUUAAAGCGUUUAAACGAAGUUACAGCUUCAUUUUACAUUUCACCGCUACAAACAGAAACUAGUUUACACGGAACUCAGUUUUUGACAGUGCUCUCGGCGUUUAGCCUCGCUAAGCCAGUUUAGCCACUGUCACUAGUGUCACUUGUUGUUGUGUCAUAAUAAAAUUACAAACAUUAUUAUUUCAAUUACUUGGUAUUACGUUAAAAAUAAGAUGAAAAGGGCUUUAGUGCUUGCUUUUGACGAAAGAUAUGACUAGAAAUUUACGCUAGUUCGUCGUCCGAGGUGGAUUCGAGUGAGAGAAGAACAUUUCGACACUCUUGAUGAUAAAGAUUUUACAACAAGAUUUCGUCUCACAAAACCAACAGUUCUAUGUGUAUUGGAGUCUAUUGAAGAUAAAUUAGAAUUUCCUACAAAUAUAAAUAGUAGUGUGUCUCCCAUCAAUCAGUUACUAUGCGCUCUGCGUUUCUAUGCGACUGGAUGCUAUCAAAUGACAGCUGCUGAUUUAUGUGGAUUUAGUACAUCUACUGCCCAUAGAAUUGUACACAGAGUCAGUGCUGCUAUUGCCUCACUCCGACCGCGCCAUAUUUACUUUCCUGAAUUACCAGAUGAAAUACGCAAAACACAAAUUGAAUUUUCCAAAAGAGCUAAAUUCCCAUAUGUUAUUGGUGCUAUAGAUUGCACACAUGUAAAGUUUAUCAAGUCACCAGGUGGCGAAAAUCCAGAGAUAUUCCGUAACCGGAAAAACUACUUUUCUUUAAACGUUCAAGCCAUCUGCAAUGCAAAAUUGGAAUUUACAGAUGUGGUCUCUCGUUGGCCAGGAAGCACACAUGACUCAUAUAUCUUCAACAACUGCUAUAGACGGGCAUUGUUUGAUCAGGGACACUAUGGAAAUGCUGUUCUUGUAGGAGACGCAGGUUAUGCGUGUAACAGUUACAUGAUGACUCCAUUAGAACAAUGCAGUAAUGGUCCAGAAGACUUAUAUAAUGAGUCUCAUAUUAGAACGAGGAAUUGUAUAGAAAGAGUAUUUGGAUUAUGGAAAAGACGUUUCCCAGCCAUGGCUAUGGGGUUGGGAGUUUCUGUGCAGAAUAGCUUCCCAAUCAUCAUUGCUACUGCUGUACUACACAAUAUUGCAAGAAGAAGUGGUGAAGUCAUACCUCCUAAUGACAACCAAAUUAUAAAUCCAGAUUCUUGGGAUGCAUUAAUAACUCAGGGUGAUAUUAGCAGUGAAAAUAUUAAUAUAGGACAAUCAUACAGGACAAAUCCAAAUUAUAGAAGACGUAAUGAACUUAUCACAAACUACUUUGGACGACUAACAAGAUAAAUAUUUGGCCCAGCACCAUUGGACAUUACUCAGUCAGUAGCUGUUCAAAUUCCAAGAAUAAAUUAAUUGAAAUCUUAUUUCAGAUUGUCAGUCUGCAUAAUACAAUGCAAGUAAUAUUAUGUUAAAAUCAACCAUAUGUUUUUACAUAAACAUCCAGUGCACUAUUUUCAUAAAUUUACAUUUUGAAAAGAGCACCUAGCUUCACUGAUGCUCAAUUUCAAUUUAGACAUUGCAAAAGUGCUUGUUUAUGGACUAUUGAAAUAGAUAAAUGAUUUGAUUUUGAAACUUGAAAAAGAUAGUCAUCUGUAACAAUAAAUUAGGUGUUGUUAAUUUUAAAGUUGCUUUGAAUUAAAUUAAAUUGCUCUGGAAUAAUAAGAAAAAAGGUAUUCUGUAAUGAAUUUGUGAAUUUUGUUUGAAAGGAAAUAAAAACUACUUAUAAAUAA